AACCCGGCAUGCCGUACCUGGACCGACAGAACCGUAUCUGCGGGUUCCUGGACAUUGAAGAAAAUGAGACCUGUGGCAAGUUUCUGCGGAGGUAUUUUAUCCUGGACACCCAGGCCAACCACCUCCUGUGGUACAUGGACAACCCUCAGAACCUGGCCAUCGGAGCGGGUGCUGUGGGAUCUCUGCAGCUGACCUAUAUCUCCAAGGUCAGCGUCGCCACCCCGAAACAGAAGCCGAAAACUCCGUUCUGCUUUGUUAUCAACGCUCUAUCCCAGCGCUAUUUCUUGCAAGCCAGCGAUCAGAAGGAUCUGCAGGACUGGGUGGAGGCGCUGAACCGGGCCAGUAAGAUCACGUUUCCUCAGGGCGGCAGUGUCCCACCAGCCACGGAGAUUGCGAAGCCCCCGGUGGUCCCCCAGGCCCAGGAGAGGAAGCCCCAGGUGGCCUACAAAACAGAGAUUGUGGGGGGGGUGGUGGUCCACACGCCCAUCUCCAUCAACCAGAACGGUGGGGACGGAGGGGAGGGCAGUGAGGUGGGGGCUGCCCACCCGCUGCUGCGGCGCUCGCAGAGCUACAUCCCCCCCUCGCCCAGUGCCCAGCGAUUCCCUCCUCUUUUCCAGAGGAAGAGCUGGAAGCGGCGGUACUUCGUCCUGGAUGAGUUUUCCAUCAGUUACUACAAGUGUGAGCAGGACAAGGAGCCCUUGCGUUCGAUUCUCCUGAAGGACGUUUGCAAGACCCACGAGUGCCUGGUCAAGUCUGGUGACCUCCUGAUGCGGGACAACCUCUUUGAAAUCAUAACAAGCUCCAGGACCUUCUACAUCCAGGCAGACAGCCCCGAGGACAUGCACAGCUGGAUCCGGGCGAUCACGGGCGCAGUCCAGGCCCUGAAGACCCGCCCCAGGGAGAUGUCCUUCAUGAGAUCCACCUCCAUGGGCAGGCCCGGCGGCUCCUCGGCCCCAUCCCCGGCACGGCCGGCGGCCGAGGAGCGGAGAGCCCUGUGCAAGGCCCCGUCCAGCUCCUCCUGGCAGCCCUGGACGCCGGUGCCGCAGGUGCCACCAGCAGAGGGGAAGCGGCCAGAGCCGCUCAGGGACUCGGUGUUCGUGCCGGCGCUGACGGAGCGCGCGGGCAGAGCCGCGCCGGGCACGCGCCUGCGCCACAGGUCGGAGCCGCAGCACCUCAAGGAGAAGCCGUUCGCCUUCGACCUGGACGACGAGAGCAUCCGGACCUCCGACGUCUGACCG